GUUGCAACGUAUUCAGUAACAGAAAAAGAUUUACCUGAUUCGUGAGGAGUGUGUUUUCUAAAAUCGAACGUAAAUAUGGAGAAAAUGGAUACUGAUGAUAUGAAGAAUUCGGAGGUGAAACUCAUCAUGAAUUUCUUGGAUGACGCAGCUCCGCAGGCAAUACCCAGUAUUGAGGAAUUCCAUGUGGGACAUUACGAACAAAUCUUGAAUAACAAAUUCUCUUCAUCUUAUCUCAAGAAGUUUGUUAAUGACGAUAAUCUUGUUAAAUGUUUACUCAACGCUGUGGAUGAUGAUCCUAACUGCACGUUUCAGUUAUUGUCCACUGGAAUAGCGUCGCUGUUGUUUUUUGUUCAAACUAACUUCACUGGCCCAGAAAAUACACCGGACGUCGAUUGGUUAUUAGGUAAACGUGAGGAGGCAUUGGAGUUCUUGCACCUCGAAGAUGAAUGCAAUGAAAAUGUGAAGAAGCCCGAGCUUUUGUAUCUGUCAAAGAUAUUGUUUUCUAAUGAAAAAUUGCAAAAUCAUCACAAAACUGCUGCUUGGUGGUUGUUCAGAGCCAAUCUAUUGCAUCAAAUUGUUCUUGAAGAAGCUUCUGCAACUUUAUUCAAAGAAACUGAUGAUUUAAUAGAAAGAAUUUCUGCUGAUGAUAUUUUGGGUGAUGAGUACCUCAGGACGUUGUUUCAUGUUGAGACUGUGCAGUUUUAUUUGUAUCAUAGAAGGAUACAGAACAUGGAAAAACACGUGGAAAUUGCUCAGCAUUCAGCGAAACUAAAUAUGCAGCUAGUCGGCAUGCUAGGUAAACGCACCAAGUAUCAACAAGACGAAAAAGCUCAGUUAAUGUUGAAAGUUUCCAUGGACAAAGACAAUUUCCCACAUAGAAAGUGUCAAGAUUUGCCGACGGCUCUUGAAUUGAACGAUGACUUGAGAUUGGAACGAGUGGAGUAUUCAGAAGCUGCAGAAAUUAUCGAACUGGGUGCUUUGGAAGAGGCAGUUGUUUUGGCAAAAUAUUUUCAGAUUCAAAAAUCUCAACCGAAAGACAAACUUGCUGACGAAGAGGUCGUACCAUACCUAAAUAAUGUUAUAGAGAAUUCGAGUAACUGGCCAUUGAGAAUGUCGUCUCUGUGUCAGCGGUGUGUACUGGAAUCGAAUCACAAAAGAACCGUUGAAAGAUCUAUGUCACAGACAGAGUAUCUGAUCGAGCAAUUGAAUUCUUCAAAGCCAUUAGUCUCUCAUCGUAUGGAUAUAUUUUUUGCCAGUGGCAUGAAACCUGUUUGGGAAGUUAGACAAACCUUGGCUGAUCUGAUGCUUAAUCUAGGCAUGGUCAAGAGCGCUCUUGAUCUGUACUUACAGCUGCGACUCUGGGAAAGCGUAAUAGUGUGCUACACCAUUUUAGAAUUAAGACACAAGGCUGCAGAAAUAAUUCAGCAAGAAAUCGAUAAGAAACCAACAGUAAAACUUUGGUGUCUCUUGGGUGACGCGACGCAGGAUACAAAAUGUUAUGAAACUGCAUGGAAAUUAUCUGGUGAAAAGAGCAGCCGUGCCCAAAGGCACUGGGGUCUACAUUAUUACUCAAAACAAAAUUACACAGAGGCAGUACCGCACUUGAAAUUGUCUGUAGAAUUGAAUAAUAUUCAAGAGAAUAUAUGGAUUAGGCUUGGAUUUGCUGCAUUACAAAUAGAAGAUUGGAAAUUGGCAGCCAACGCAUACCGCCAUUAUUGUGCUCUAGAGCAAAUGAAUUUCGAGGCGUGGAACAACUUGGCGAAGGCGUAUAUCAAGCUCGGAGACAAGCCACGAGCUUGGCGAUCCCUUCAAGAUGCUGUCAAAUGUAACUUUGACAGGUGGGAAGUGUGGGACAAUCUAAUGGUAGUUAGUAUUGACUUGGGACAUUUCUCGGAGGUGAUUCGAUGUUACCACCGUAUUCUCGAGCUAAAAGCUCAUCACACUGAUGUACAAAUUUUGAAAAUUCUUACCAAGGCAAUUAUCACCGAUAUCAAAGAUGCCGAUGGUAAUCCUGCUAGUAAACUACUCCAGAAAGCCCUGGAAUUGUUUGGACAUUUGACGUCGGCAGUGCCGAAUAAUGCCUCGAUUUGGCAAAUGUACGCCGAGCUGACAGCGACAAAGAAUACGGAAAUGGAUUAUCAGAAAGCGGCUCAAUACUUGCAGAGAGCUCAUCGUACCGCUGUUGCCAAUCCGAAAUGGUUCAAGGAGGUCGAAGCGACGAUAGAUGUGCUUCAUUUAUGCGCAGAUUUGGCAGAGUCAUACUUGAAGUGUGCUGAAUCUGGAUCACCGCUACAAAGAAGAGCGAUGCUGGGCAGUGCGAAAUUGUCCCUUCAAGGCGUCGUGAGGAAAGUUAAGGAUCAGGAUUGGAUUGGCCAAACGGUAAUAGACGAAUCUUUGGCAAAUAUCGAGGCAUACUUGACCAAAAUCAUGGACGAGUUGAAAAAAAUAAAUAUUGAUUCCAAUUAUGUUUCACAGAAUAUAACUCUUUAGGUAAUA